AUGUGCAAACCUUACGGACAUGCUAACAGUUGUUUGUCCACACCAAGUUUUAAAAGCACCAACACACUUUGUACCAGGAGAAGAAUGGAGCAUAAUAGGCCUGUGGCUACAAGCUUAGUCGUCCGCAAUCUACAAGACAAGAGCUCACUCUUUUCUCAACAGCAUUCUGGUCCGUUUGUUCGGUCAAAAAUAGGAAUGAAUAUUGAUGACGUUUCACUUUUGUGUGAUUGUCCGCCUAAACACAACAUCAGUAAUAGCAGCAGCAAAAAUAAGAGAAUUAACAAAAAUAAAAUGUUUAUGUUUGAUGAGAGCUUAAAAGCAUAAUAAUUAUGAGGUGUAUGUAUAAAAAGUAAGAAGGAAAGAGAGAAUGAAUGUGCAAUAGUAAAAAAGAAAAUAAAAUAAAAUGAAAGGAGAAAAUAAAAAUAAAAAUAAGAAUAAGGUAGCUAUUUUCAGCGUAUGUACAAGAGAUGAAGAGAAUGAGCGAGGAUGUUGGAAGUCGGAAAGGUUGGAACAAGCGAGUUGGAUAAGAAGGG